UAACAUUAUGUGUGUGUUUUGUGGGAGAGAGAAGAAAUUACAUCCAUCCUCCUCUGUUUUGAGAAAACACAAAAUUUAAUAAGAAUGGUGAGAUUUGAUAAUUAAAAAAAAAAAAUAGGCAUAAAUAAAGCCCCGAAACCAAGGGAGUGAGAGUGUGACACCCUCUCCUCUGUGCCAGUCUGCACUUUGUUUUGUUUAGUCUCUCUCUCUUCUCUCUCUCUCUCUCACAGACACACACAUUGGCCACUCUCUCUCUCUAAUAGUCCAACUCUGAAAUAGAGGAAACCAGAGCUCAGCACUCAGAAGAGUUUUAAUGUUGUUCAACAACAGCCCCCUAAAAUAGCCUCUCACUCCUCUCUCUCUCUCUCUGCUUCAUUUAACUCAGAUCCAUCCCAUUUAAUUUCACCUCAUUGUGUUUGUUAAAAACCCCUGUUUCUUGCGUUUUGAGUGGUUAGAAAUGAGUAAAGAAGAGUUCUUGAAGAUCCAGACUUGUGUUCUCAAAGUCAAUAUACACUGUGACGGGUGUAAGCAAAAAGUGAAGAAAAUCUUGCAGAAGAUCGAUGGUGUUUACACCACGAAGAUAGAUUCGGAGCAGGGGAAGGUGACCGUUUCCGGCAAUGUCGACGCGGCCACGCUCAUCAAGAAGCUUACCAAGAAUGGGAAGCAUGCCGAGAUUUGGGGCGCCCCCAAACCCAGCUCUAACAACAACAAUUCGUCCAAGAAUGACAAUGCCAAAGGUGGCAAUAACAAGGCGCAGCCGCAGAAGGGCGGAGGCGGCGGCGGCGGCGGUGGCGGAGGUGGUAAUAACCAGGUGAAAGGAGGAGGAGGAGGAGGCGGCGGUGGUGGAGGGCCGCCGCAGGGGAUGACGCCGCAGAUGCUGCAGCAGCUACAGCAGAUGAAGGGGUUUCAAGAUCUGAAGCUGCCGCCGCAGUUUAUGAAGGACAUGAAGCUGCCGCCGCUCAACGGCCAUCCGAAUCAGAAGGCGAUGAAGCUGAGCUUGCCGGAGGAUGAGGGGCUCAGCGACGAUGAGUUCGACGACGACUACGACGACGAUGAUGAUUAUGACGACGACGAGGAUGAGGAUGAUUUUGAUGAUGAUCUCGACGACGGCCCUCCGCCGCCGGGUAAGAUGAAGCCGCCGCCGCCGGGCAUCAUGGGGAAUGGGGCCGGGCUGCCGCCCCAUAUGAUGAUGAAGGCCGCCAAUGCUGCUGGAAAUGGCGGGAACGGGAAGAAAGAAGGCGGCGGCGGCGGUGGCGGUGGCGGUGGGAAUAUCCCGAUUCAGAUGAUGAAUCUUGGUGGUGGGAAGAAAGGUGGUAAUGGGAAUAAUCAAAAUGAAGGGGGUGGGAAGGGUGGCAAAAACGGUGGCGGGCCGCCGCAAAUGGGGCAGAGCAAGAACGGUGGUGGCGGUGGGGCUGGAAAUAUCAACAAUUUCAUUGCAAAUGGGGCCAAGAAAGGGGGUGGGGGUGGGGGUGGGGGUGGGAUGAAUGAUGGGGGUCAUGGCAUGCCUCCAAACAUGAUGCCCAUCAAUGGUGGUGCUAAUGUGGGCCAUAUGGGGAAUAUGCCGAUGGGCCAUAUGGGGAAAUUGCCACCAAUGGGUCAAAUGGGAAACCUCGCCGCCGUUCAAGGCCUCCCGGCGAUGAACGGCGGCGGUGGCGGCGGGCCCGCCGCCGGUCCUAGCCACUUCCAAGGAGGAGGAGGUGGUCCGGGGCCGGAUCAAAUGGCCGGGAACCCUUACUACCAACAGCAGAUGGCGGCGAUGAUGAUGAACCAGCAGCGCGCCGUGGCUGCCGGCGGCGGCGGCGGCAACGAGCGGUUUCAGCCGAUGAUGUACGCGCGGCCGCCCCCGGCCGUGAAUUACAUGCCGGCGCCGUACCCUCCUUACCCUUACGCGGCGCCGCCGGGCGAGCGGGCCGAUCAGUACUCGAUGUUCAGCGACGAGAACACCUCCAGCUGCGCCGUGAUGUGAGCCGCCGCCGCCUCCGCCCAAUUGGCCGGAGUCCGACGGCUGGUGAGGUGGCUUCGAUGGUGAUGACUUGGAUGCUAUAAUAUACCUGAAAAUGGUUUAAAUUUUUAUUUUUUUACUUUGAUUUUAAUUUUAAUUUUAAUUUUUCCCCCUUUGAAUCCCUAAGUUUAGAAUUAGUGUUUCAUGAUAGGAAGUUUAUGUGAUAGAUUAAUAUAUAUUAAAAAGCCUUUAGACAUUGAGAUGUUUGUUGGUUUUGAUGAUGGGGGUGUUUAUAUCAUGUUUAUAUCUUCACAAACAGAAAUAAAAUCAAAGAGAAUGGGGCUUUAACAAGACUAAGCCCAUCUCUCUGCCCCUUUCCUCUCCCAA